AUGCAAGCCAUUCAAGACUCAACAAUUAAGAUGUGCAAACAACUGAUGCUCUUGCUGAUCUUGUGUUCGAUUCCGCCAUCGGGAGCCAACGUCGGAGAAGCGGAUAAUUUAGCUGUUUUCGCAGCGGUUUGUGAGUUGUUCCAGAUCGCUGAGGGGGAACUUCCUCCGGACGAACAGGUGACAGAUUCAGCAAACGCCGUCCGCCAGCUCGAAGCACUCAACAUGUCCGUAGCAGAGGACAAGUGGCGCCAGCAGUUCUACAAAGGCAACUACGAAAAGAUAUCCUGGCAGGAAGCCAAAGAUGCAGGCCUUUCGCCACACGAAAGCUGGAAAACGAAAUGGGAACGAUGGCAGCAGGCGGCACUCAGCACCAAACCGGAAGCCGAGCCCGGAAAAACCAUAGCAGACCAAGGCUUCAAUGAGUUAACGGGAAUUUCCAAAAAAGCAGUCCAAGCAAAAGUAGCAGCGCUGCUGGCCAAAGUCGGACACCUGGAAGCCGAACGCGCCACAGCAGAACAAGAAAUAAUAAGCGCGAGCAACGCAGAGUUGAGCAAAAAACUAAACAAAGCGUUAUACGGAGUCGAAACUGGGAGAGGCGACUUCGGUAAAACAGCUGGAGCAACGGGGGCAGCGAAAACACUGGAUGCGUGUAGCACGGCUGGAACCAUCGACAACCAACAACCACUAGCAUAUGUUAUGAUGUGCCUUUGUCUAGAAACAGGGUCGACCAAAACCGGCAAGAUCUGUGCAAAAGACCACGCACUAACCAAGGCAUGGAACGAUGCAAACCCAAAAGUCAAGCAAGCAUUCGACGACAUGCGCAACUUGUGCCCGAGCGGGAAAAAGACGCCAAUAACAGCAUACCAGAUACGGAAAGCACUCUCAGCAGUACAGGCCUUCAUACGAAUGCACAGCGGCACCGGCUAUCUAGGAGGGUUCAACAGCGGGAGCUGCAACGGGAAUGUCGCUAACGGCAUAUGCGUAAAAUACGACCACAAAAUAACAGCCGGCGCAAACGGUUUCACAGAACUAACGUACGCCGCCAACAUGCUGGAAGCGGCUAGUCUGCUAGAAAACAGGCAACACGCGGUUCAAAAAGCCAACCAACUGGCACACGCGAUCAACGCAGAAGCUUCAGCAGCGUGGCUAAUAUCGAAAGAAGUGGAAGCACUGCAGAAACUGGAAAGGGCAGCGGCAGCACAGGUGCCAACCACCAGCCAGGCACCAGGGACAAGCAAGCAACCAUCGGUGGAGGAACAAAAUAAAUGCAAAAAUGCUACCAAUAAAACAGCGGAAGGAUGCUCGGCUAUCAACUGCGACUUCGACAACGAAAAAAAGGAAUGCAAACCUAAAGAUGGGGAAGGACAGACAAGCACAGCAACAGGAGAGCAAGCUACAGGAGCAGAUGCCAAAAAGUGCUCCGAUAAGAAAAAACAAGAAGACUGUAAAGAUGGCUGCAAAUGGGAUGGAAAAGAAUGCAAAGAUUCUUCUAUUCUAGCAAACAAACAAUUCGCCCUAAUGCUUUCUGCUGAAUUUGUGGCCUUGCUGUUUUAA